AUGGCGGUCGAAAAACGUCCCGAAGAUCACGGCAAACACGUCGUUAAUCCCCCCAAGCCACCUCCUAGGCCGCCGACCCCUAACCCGCCUUCUAGACAAGAUCCGCCUCUCUACGCAACCCACCUUUGGAAAUGCUGCAAGUGCAAGAACUCGUAUGCGCCACAGGAGAUCAUGUGCACCAAGAACGGGUGUAGACAUGGUCGCUGCAAGAGCUGCACGUUGGAGCAGAUCCCGUCUAUCCCUUGCUCGUGA